AUGUCGGUUGCAUCUUUUGCUUCUGGUUCUCAGGACAACAGCCCAGAGUGGCAGGGCUGGAUGCUCCCGGUCCAGCAAGAUGGGCACUUGCUGCACGUCUCCUACUACGCCUCCGAUGUGGCAGCCUUCGCUGAGAUGUUCAUGCUGAAGACGGGUUUGAAGAAGAUGGGACAAAGGCAGCUGCCAGGCAACAUGGCCGGGGAGAACAUUGCACUGGUCGAGGGUGGCUUCUUCCGGCAGAGGCGAAUGGACCAGCUGAAGAUCGUGACUUCGUGUGAUGGCGGCUACGGGCAGUGGUGGAGCUCCUUGCCCCAGGAGGACUCAGGAUUCAGGUCACUGUGGAUCACGGCCGACGGCUACUUCUACUGCCUCGCGAGAAAGCAGAUGAAGGUCUGUGCCAAGGUCUUUACGACCCCCAUGUACACAAUCGAGGCUGAAGUCUUGAAGGGGGACUUGUACGAGAGUGAUGGAGACUUCCGCUUCAGCCGCAAGAUGGAGGUGAGCUGCGGGUGGACUGGGGAAUCAUCGUACGAUUGGAACUUCACGCUUGACGGCUUCGCCUUCGACCGGGCCAUCACCUUCAAAAAGAUCCCGAUCGUCGUGAAGUUUUCUCGCGAAGCCGACUCCAAAGGCCGUCCGUUCGAGCUGCACAUGAGUCGCUGUGCCAAGUGGUGCAGUGGCGUAGACCAGGCCAUGAGGUCCAGCAAGUCGCAGCUGAAUUCAGCUGGCACAAGUUCUGGUGAUGCUGCUGCAUCCGAUCCGGCUCCCUGGAACUAG